AUGGCUGGGGGAUGGCACAGAUGGGAGGAGCAGGUGGGGGGAGCCUGGACUAUGGAGCAGUGGGAGGGACGGAAGCGGGAAGGCUGUGGGAUGCGGGGGGGGCGAGUGGGUGGGGGGGAGGAGGCGGGGCGAGUGAGGGCGGGAGUGGAGGAGGUGGCGAGCAUCAUUGGACGCAUGUCGGCUGAUGUGAUGUCGCUGGAUGCCACCUCACAUGCCGCCUCAGGGGCGUCACAUGCCUCAUUGGCCUCUUCUGCCUCUUGGGUGCCUUUCACCUCGUCACCCCCUUAUGAGCACAGCAGCGAGGGCGAGAGGGACGGGUCGAAGGGGAGGGACUGGAGGGCGGGUGGGAACGACGGGAGGAAUGAGAGGGGGAGAGAGUGCGAUGGGCGCACGGGUUGUAGCGGAACAGGUGGCAGUUGCGGUGGCGGCUACGGACGCGGGAGGGGGGGUGGGUGCAGGGGGGGGGAGUCAGCUGUUGUGAGUGCGGGUGGGAGUGCGGGAAGCACAGAACAGCAGUCACUGGGAGCAGCAGCAGCAGUGAAUGGUUCGCAGGCAUGGUCAGGGGAGAGUGUGCAGAACAGCACAGUGGGAGGUGGAGGCGUUGGGCAGCCAGCGCCAGUUGUGGACGUGUCAAGGAGUGCGCUCCCAUAUGCUCUGCCCUCGUUGCACCCUCUGCUGCACCCAACGCGGCACCUUCUGCACUCACCCCUCUUCCUGUCUCACCUUCUCCUGCUAAUCCCACUGUUCAGCCCGAACGUGCACAUGCCACACAUGCCACGCAUGCCCGUCCCACACCGGCACCCAUAA